GGUGGUGGUGGGGAUGAAGACCGGCGUUAUGGCGACAACGGCGACCAGUGUUGGGUCGUGUGGUCGCACAGCAGUUACAAACAAUAAUACGCGCGGGGCUAAUGGAGCAGCAAAUCAAACUGAACUGCCAUGGUGAAUUGCUUUGAUAAUUGUUUUCAACAGAAUGUUCGAUUCCAGCAAAGAGUUGAGAGACAAAGCCAGAAGAAGAAGAAGAAGAAGACGAGAAGGUGUUUGCUGCCAGGUACAGAAAGGUCCAUUGUCAGGUUGAUGCGACGACAGACCUGGAGCAAUACGGAGCAUUCCCCAACCCCCCCGGGGCUCAGCCCCUCUCUUGUUUUCCUCGUUUUGUUUUCCCUUCCCUCAGGUCCCAAGAACACCGCCCAGGCGCCCCUCCUUACAUCCCUGAAUAUUAGACAUGGAAUAUUUAGGUCCCGAAUAUCGGGCUGCGAGAUGAUUAGUUAGUUCGUGCACAUCGACUCAUUGUAUGUAUCCGGACUCCGUAAUAACUAAACCGGAUCGUGUGGCAUCGAGCUCAG